CUCCCAAAGCGUCAGCAGCGAUAGUCAGCAACACACUGUGGUGGCAGAUCAGCGGGGCGGUGCGCAGAGCGGGAUAAAGCUUCACUGUGUUUCAUCCAGAAAAGGAAGAAGGGAAAAUAAAAAUAAAAAAAGGGGGUCUCAUCCCUCCAUUUCCAGACUUCCAACAACUUCACCGUGCCUGCUGUGCGGAUCUCACCGGCUGUGCAGACCGGGAGAAAACCGGGAACUUAACGGAACUAAAAAAAAACAGGGGACGGUGCCAGGCAGAUUAUCUGUGAGGUGCUGUGACAAUUGCGCAGUAGACGGAAGACAAGGCGACCAUUUCCCCCCGGAGGAACUCUCCAAGUGUUGGAAACUUCCCGGCGCAGCAUCGAUCGAGGACCUCCCGCCCACUUUUACCUCCCGAUCCACGACCCUGGAAGGAAGGAAGGGGGGGAAAGAGAGAGAGAGAGAGAGUCCUGCAGUGGCUGUGGUGGAUGGAGCAACAAAAGGCUGGAUGUUUAAACUAGAAGAGCCGCUCACAUAAAGAACUCUCCUUUCCGUCUCCUCGUCUGCUGCUUCCCUCGCAGACUCCCAUCACCUCUUCUGCAGCCGCUUGGAUCUCAUUUCGAGGAUCCGGCCAGGUUCUACUUUGUGCAAACUCUCCGCCAGAGAGAGAGAGAGAGGUGGGGGGGCGGGGGGGAAUCGGCGGUGACGUGAAAUUGAUGCUUUGCUGUGGAGAGAAGCGCGCACACACGAGCCUCUAGUUUUGCCCCAAAAGUCUCGUUGCUUUUCUCAGUGAGGGAGGUAGACCAAUUUAGUUGGGGGGCCGAAGUGGGGAUUUUUUUUGUUGUUGCAGAAGUUACAUGCCUGGUCUUUGUCGUCACGAGUGAGACCCGAUCAUACAGAGAGUCAGGUUUAUCAGAGAAGAUCCGGAUAGUUGAGGAGCCAUGGCGAUGUGUGUGGGGAUGUGGAUCCUCCUCUUAGCGCUGCACGUCCAAGCUGGCCAUGGACAGAUGGUACAGAUGGACUCCAGUAAGUCGGGCUUCGUGGGAUCACAAGUGGAGCUGCGCUGCAUUUUCAUCAACAGUAACCCACCGGUCAAGAUCUCUCAAGUCACCUGGCAGAAGCAGCUGAACGGCACCAAGCAGAACGUGGCCAUCGCCAACCCGGCGCUCGGCGUGUCCGUCCUGCCGCCCUUCAAAGAGCGAGUCACCUUCAAGCAGGCGGCGGUCCGCCACCGCACGCCCUCACUGGAGGACACCACCAUCGUGUUCUCCAACCUGCAGCUGUCCGACGAGGCCGCCUACAUCUGCGAGUACACGACGUUCCCCGCAGGCAACCGGGAGAACACGGUCAACCUCACCGUGUAUGCUCGGCCCUUGACUCGCAUGAACCUGACGACACCCACCAUCGUGGCGAGGGCUCAGAAACGCAAGAUGACCGUCGCCACCUGCUCGUCGUCCAACGGGAAGCCCCCGAGCGUGAUCAAAUGGGACACCAGGUUGAAGGGCGAGGCCACGUUCCAGGAGACGCGCAACCAAAACGGGACGGUGACCGUGCGGAGCAACUACGUGGUGGUGCCGAGCCGCGAGACCCACAGGCAGAGGCUGACGUGCAUCGUGUCGUACAGGAACGAGAGGAUCACCGACAGCGUGGUGCUCAACGUGCAGUAUGAACCUGAGGUGAAGAUCGAGGGCUUUGAUGGAAACUGGUACCUGAACCGUCAGAACGUUCAGCUGACCUGCAGAGCCGACGCCAACCCCCCUGUCACCAUCUACCAGUGGAAACUCUUGAACGGCUCCCUGCCCAGCAAUGUGGAGAUCAGGAACAACACUCUGUUCUUCAAGGGGCUGGUGACCUACGACCUGGCCGGAACGUACGUGUGCGACGCCACCAACGGCAUCGGGACUCGCACCGGCAUCGUGGACGUCAACAUUACAGAAAUCCCUAUCAACCCGCCAACUGGGGGCGAUGAGAUCCGCCAGGAGCAGCACAAUACAGGUGCCGCCAUCGGGGGAGCAGUGGGGGGCGUCGCCCUAUUGGGCGCGGCCGCCAUACUGCUCUUCGUAUUCCUGCGCCGCCGCCAGCGCACCUUCAAAGGAGACUACAGCACCAAGAAGCACGUGUUCGGGAACGGGUACAGUAAGGCCGGAGGGCUGCCUGCACACCCUCCCGUCCCCAAAAACCUGCAGUACCCCGACGACUCAGACGACGAGAAGAAACCCGCCCAGAUCGGCGGCACUGGAGGGUUCGAGGCGGGCGAGCGUGAUUUCGACGGCGAGCAAGAGGACCUGAAGAGGCCCUAUUUCACUGUGGACGAAGGCGAGAGCCGAGAUUAUGACGAGCGGACUCUGGCCUUCCAGUAUGCCCCUGAACCGGAGAUAGCCGAUGAUAUGAUCUCUCAAACCGACGGCUCUGUCAUUUCUAAGAAAGAGUGGUAUGUUUAGGGGCAUGCACCAAGCAAACCAAACAACCCUUUUGUCCCCCACCUGCAUUCCACUGCACCCCUCACCUCCAUCACGUCCCCCGCCCGGCCAUUCAUCACACUGCACCCUUCACAGACCCACUCCUCCUUCGGUCAACCCAGUACUCCCCUUCUCCCUCCUGACUCCCCCCACCCCAUAUCAGACCCCAUCCAACUAAUCUCAAUGGAAAAAUCAAGUGUCUAUUUAAAGUGCUAGCAACAUCACCGUGUCAACAGGACAGCUUUGGUUUCAGUUCAUCAGGUGAACGGGCAGAAAAACAAACUGAGGUAUGUAAACGGCCUCGCUGGCACCCGACCACGCGAGGCCAGGGAGGUGAUCGGUUGAUUAAUACUGGUGUAAUAUUCCUUUUUGUGUAUUUUUUCAUGUUCUAAAUGUAUUAAAUGUGUAAAAAAAAAAAAAAAAGAGACUGCAGGUUGGGGUGUUGCUGGGCACAUUUGUGAAAGUCCUACACUGGAUUUGGUUUGAUUUCAUUAGCAUUGCCGUUUUGUUGUUUUUUUAUAAUGUCUUUUUGUAUGAUUUCUAAGUGACCUGAGAAUCCAGAGUUUAAUGUCUGACAUGAUUACAGAUGGAGUUUUAAGUGUUUGUAAUUUUGUGGUCAAAUGUUUCAGAGAAAGAAAGAAAAAAAAAAAAAAGAAGCUCCAUACAGAACCUGUGUUCUUUUGACCGGGGUUAUCGUCCAUCAAUUUAACCAUUUUUAUAUAUUGACAGCAUUAAAAAAAAACAGAUAUUUUAAUGCUGUUUUCCAAAGAAAUGCUUACAUUUUCUUAACACCCCUCUGUGUUUAUAUGCUUGGAGUGAGUCAACGGAGCCAUCUGGACAUGGCUGUAACAGAGAAAAGGAGUGUUUUUUUUAAUUUUUAUUUUGUAUUUCAAUCACAUAACAUUACUUUACACAUCAGAACAACCGGAAUAGUAGAGGGAGAGAAGGGCUGCAAUCCUAUCACAAACAACAGUUUCACCUUUUUUUUUUUAAGUGGUGCAUCACAAUCAUGUCCUAAGUGGUCCGGUGAUUCUCGUUUUCCACAGAAACCUUCAAUAACGCUCUGAAAUGUCAUGAUUGUCACUUGACUUGAACAGGUCGACCUGUGUGCACGAGCUCUCAAUCUGACCACUAUAAUGAAAUGUCUGUUUCUUGUGUUGAGUUGUCAUAAUGAUGUUUUGUUCUCACCCCUCUGUCAGAGAAAAGUGUCAGGGGAAUUCUCUCCAAUAAUGACUCUGUCUGUCCUCAUAAUUGUGUGACUCUGUGCUGAAGAUUGGCUUAAGCCUCCCUGCUUACUCCGACAGCAUUUUCUAUGAGGAGUCGUCCACUGACGUAAAAGGACUCGGAUAGGAGGAAACUGUCAAUUCAUGCUCUGAUUUACGUCUGCAGAGAACAUAUUGAAACAUGUAAAGGGAAUUAUGAUGGUGGCCAUGCUGAGUAUAAUAUGUCACCUGCUGCUUUCACCAUGUUUUUGUUACAUCUUUUUUUUAUUUUCUAAAAUGAUUUUCAGUGUCUGUUCGGGGGGAUUUUAAAGGAAUGAAUGGUCGUCCUUCGCUCUAUGUGGGCAUAGACCGCAGCCAAUGGGGAAACAAUGACCCUGUCUGAAGGCAUUAUAUAUUUCUGGCUUUAGAAAAUCACUGCUAACACGUGCCAGUGGAUGCUAGCAUCGCAAAAUUACUUGUUUCUGUCCUCAUCUUCGAGGUCCAUUACACAAUAAGCAAAAAUGCAUUUGCUUGGAACAAAAAAAAAAAAACUUGAGUGUGACUUAUCGGAUAAAAACGGAAGCAAAGGCGCAAAUCUGGUGGAUAUAAACAGCAGGCUCUGAACAAUAUAAAUACUAUACCAAGCCUUAUUUUAUGCAUGUUUUUUUUGUGUUGGAGUGGAUGUGCGUGUGUUGCUAUUUUUUCUGUAUCAAUUCAAAGUGCUUUUGUCCUCAUUUGCAGCUCAAAAGACAACACUCUGUCAGUGCUGUCUUUCAGUAUUGAAAGAGGUAUGAGUUAUGGGCACUUGGUACCCAGCGACAAUAUUGCAGUUAACACACAAAAAAGUAUAUAAAUAUAUAAAUAUAUAUAAAUAAAGAUGAAAAAAAAUAGCAUCUCUCUGAGAGCAGAUCUCUCUGCCAGCCGGAGAUGUGAAUGUUUUACACUUCAUGCUUGUCUACUGUAUGUUUUUAGAUGAGCAUGUUGAUCACGAGCCUCAAUUUAUACCACACGUUCAACACAGAUGGACAUUAAAACGUGAGAAAUAUCAUGUUUCUUUCUCAAAGUCUGUUGUUUCAGUUGAGUUACAUUUUUGGACAGCCUUCUUUCUCUUUUAUAUCCACAACAGUUUGGGAGAGAUGGUGCUUGUUUGCACCAGAACGUGUCAGAGGGAGAAUCAGUAAUGGAUGGUAGAGGGGUUGCUACUUUUCAAAGAGCAAAAAAGGUAAAUUACACUUUUUAUAGCUGUUAGUUUAUUUUUUUCACCUGCCGAUGAACUGCUUUGAUGUAGCUCUUCAGUUUUGCGUCACAGCACGAUGGAGAAAAACAUGUGAACCGCAUGUUUUGAUGUUUGUUGUUUUGUCCUUCUUGCAUUCAGUGCCUAUCAAAGUCAGGAGACAUGAGGUAGUCUGAACUGUUGCUGCUCCAUCAUUUAAGUUACUCAUGCCACAGAGUAAAAUAGUACUGAUGUCUGACCUGGACUGCAAACCUCUUCAAUACACACACACACACACACACACACACCACGUUCACUUCCUGAUUAUGUUAGUGAGUCUAGUGAGGAUGUUCCUCCAUCCAAGCUCCUCCAUCCAGCACAAAAGCAACAAAGAGUCUGCAUUUGAUCUCUAAAUCAAUUGAUCUCCAAAAAGCUGCAUUCAUUACCAUAUUAAAGUUUCAUGCCGGCUAAAUGGUGAAACAGCACUUUUUUUCCCCAGCCGAUACUGGAUAGUUUAAAGUCCUAAAGAGAUCGAAGUCUUGCAACUUAGUUGCGCAUCGCUGACUUUUCUAAGCACAACAAUUGAAAUCUAUUAAAAAGAGAUUUAACUUGUAAACUGGAAAAAAAAAAAAAAGGCCCAACUUUUGGCCCCAAGCAAAGAUCAACUCUGCCCCCCCCUUUUAAAGCACAAGAUCAAGGUUUCAUUUCACUUGGUUCUGCAUCCAUUAUGAAACCACUGCCACAUUGGCUUCUCAGACAUGUCGGGGAGAGAGAGAGAAAAGCAUUUCAGAUGUAAGUGGACAUGCUGUAAACUGGUAGAUGUUAACAUUGUCUUCAUGUCGUCGGGGUGUUAUGAGUUUCUAUUUUGUAAUACUGACUGUAACUUCAUUCCAUCCUAAUCUACUUUUUGUAUUCAGUAUGUUCGACAUUCCACUGUAAAUACUGUACAUAGGGUUGAGAUUAUAGUCGGGAUUUAUUUAGGGACAACUGCGUAGGGACCCUGUUCGUGUAAAAUAUUCCUAUUUUGACUGCAAAACCUAGAGACCCCCCAUGAUGAUAGAUGAAGUGGAUGCAUAGCUUACUUCCAAAGUCCCACCUCUAAAAAUGAUGUUUUUAUUCUACCACUAGCGGCUUCGCUGUCAUACAAAAGGGGUGAUGCAUACAGUUUGUGGAUUUAAUGUUAUUGAGAGAAAAAUCAAAAGAGAGAAAUUGUCUGUAUGCAGCCAUGUGAAUGUAUAUUUCUGAGGGUGUUACAAAUAUGAAAAAAAAAUCUCUUGUUCAAUUGUGAUGACCCAGUGAAGUAACUUGUAUUUGUUUUAAGCAUUAAAUGAGUUCAAUAGUCAACAAUGUACUGUCCCAGUUCACUGAUUGGAUAGAUGUGUGUUAUCUGAUUGAAUAUGCUCCUCGACUGCUGCAUAUUUCUUAUCGCUGUGUAUUGAUUUUGGUAAUUGCACUCUCCCAAUCGUUUUAAUCAGUAAUGUAUCCCUGUCGCCUCAUGCAGGUGCUCAUUUGGAUUUAUCCUCCAGCGUUAUCCCUUCCUGUGAGCCUGCAGGAAAUAAAAAGGUUUAAUCUGCGCGUGGACGUUUUAGUUUAGUUCUAACAAUUACAGACCUUGUUAGCACAAUGUUUUAAAUCCAGAUGUUUUCUGCUUCCCAGAACACAUUUCUUUUUCGGUUAAAUCUUCCCGAGCGGGCUGAGGCAUCCAGCCGUUAGCCAGAGCUCCCUGUUCUGCAAUGCAGCAUCCAAUAUUCAGCUCUGCAUUCGUUCCAGGUUUGAGAAUUAAAAGGCUACAGAGGCGGCUGCGGUGCUAAUGCAGGAUGAUUCUCUUUGGAUUCAGCCGUGGCUUCCUCCAUUGUUCUCGCCUGUUGUCAUGCCUGAGCCUGAGACCAAUCCCAUCACAAUGAAAUCAACACAAUCAAACACGGUUUAGAAAUGUGGUGUAACUCAGACACAGUUUAUUUUUAAAAGUCCGGAACAUAUUUUCCACCUUUAACAGCUUCCAUCGCUUAGAGAAGACCAUUUUCAAAACGCGGGAAGUGAAAUGUACUCGUAUACUGAUAAUUAUUUUCUGACAGGCUAACAAAAGACACUUAAAGGGAUACAUAUCAAUAACAAGUGUUGGUACUGGUUAGAACUGUAGCUUUUUUGAGGGUUUUAUUCUCUUUAAUUGGGAGCAAAAAAAACGCCAGGCGGAUUUUGGUGCUGAGUUUGGGUGCUUAAUGAAGCGACAGUGAUAUGAUGAGAGAGGCCCAGUGUAGAGCAGACGGAUCUGUCUCAGACUGUGGGACUCGAGUGCAGACAUCUGCAGCGUGCACAUUAAGAACAGCCCAGAGUUUGCAGCUGUUGCCAUCCAUUUGCUAAAAGAGCCCUUUGUAGCCCAGGGGCCUUUGAUGGCACAUAGGCUUUUAAAAUGCACGGCCAUCUCAGAGGCGCCGGUGGAAAUCUACAAAAUUUCUUCUUCCAGAGAACUCUUAGGAUGAACUAUGGCUGGAUUUGCGUUUCAAAAUAUGCUCCUCAUGGGGCUGUAAAAUCAAAAGGGAGUCUUCUAAAGCAACCUCAUGUUUUGUCGGCUCAUUCAGCCUCAUGUAAUAUCAGAGAAUACACAUUAUAAAGCUAUGAUACAAAGACUCAAAUCUCUACACAGAUAAAUGACCUUGUCUGCAAUGAGGGUUUGCUGUUUGUUGUUGUUAAAAGGUUCAGACAACCUUUCUAUUCAAGGUUCAGCAGGCCUCCAGUAACAACAAUGCAGCCCCGUGAGGUGCUGGUUUUCAUUACGCUUCAUUUCUGAGUUUCUUUUAAACGAGCAUUUUGAUUUUAAUCCGCCACAGAAGCAAACUCUCAAAGAUUGCGUCGAAAAAGAAACUUUUUUGCGCUGCUGUGAAAUGUUGAGUUGAAUUUAUCAAUCUUCAAGGCUUCAGGAAAGCAAACAGGCAGCCAAUUCCAUGAGUCGUUAAACAAUAGUGAUUAAACUGUUAAUGGACUUACUGUACAUGCAUGAGCGACCCAUUGGGCUGGAUGCUGGAGGGGAGGGAGGCUCGGAGCUGGAAGGCCAGUUUUGUAUACAGAUACACUUACUGAGAGAAAAGAGGGGAAAUGUGUGAUUUCUUCAAAUGAUGGUGUUUCAAUUUAGGAUCUAUAUUCAGUGGAAUACUUCAGUGGAGUAUUGAUGUUGUUA